AUCCUCUUGUUAAUCAAACAGCGCUGUACCUUUUCAUUUUGACUGUAACAAUCAAAAUUAACAACUUCACAAAAAUAUGUUCCUAACCAAUGUAUUGUUAAAAAAAGCGAAGAGCAAGUCAAUAAUGGUUCAAAUGGAAAGUGUUAUAAGUGGACACACAUUUAAUAAAAUAAGGGAAAGGCUGGCAGAUAAACUGGAACUCAUCAGGUUCGACCCUCGUAUUCAACAAGAGUGCUUAUAUAAGGAGAAGAAAAAAGUCAGAAGUGUUCAUUGAGGAAUUAUAUGGAAACAAAUCCUCAGCGGAAAAAUGUUAUAAGGUCAACUAUGUUGACUUUUCAGUUAGUCUAUUUAUUAUUGUUUGUAACCAAAAUGUAUGGAAUUUCUAAUAAAUUUCAAGAAAAUUGAGACCAUCA